CUGAAGGAAGCGCCGUUUCCCCAUUGGCUGGAAGCUUUCUUUCUUUUCUUUUUUUGUUCUGCCACGCCCCCAACGCUGCGUUGCUAGGAGACGGCCCAAACAAAGGUGCCGAGGAGGAGCCAGCAUGGCAACGCACUACAGUUCUGGCCAGUAUGAGGAUGCCUACGUUGCCCAGAAACUGCAAAACUGGAGUCUUCCCAGAGCUUGUAAGGAGCUCCCGUCUACCCGAGAAGGUUACACACAAUUCAUAGCCAAUGACAGAGGACAUCUGCUCCCUUCCAUCCCACGUUCCAAGGCUUCCCCCUGGGGCACCUACGUGGGCACAUGGGACAUGCCCCUGAAGAUUCCUCCAGCCCAAGUGAACCUGACCUGCCGCUCGGUGGCGGCUGCCGCCCAUCUCACCGAGUGGCUCACCAAACCCACCUCCCUGAACGCCGCUUGCAACGGCCUCGUGCCAGAGAUCGUUGGCAAGCCGAACGAACUCCCGCCCGGCGACAGCGAGGCGGCUUCGGCCAGACGCGGCCGCCCCCCAAGCAAAGGCACCCUGCCUCCUGGCUCGGCUCCCGAAAUGCCCGCCCAAGGAGAAGACCCCCGCCACAGAGGUGCCGCCACGCCCAAAGGCCCGCUCUCCCGCCAACCGGGCUGCAUCGACGUCCGGAUGAAGGAAGAUGCGCCUCCCGACGACCAGGCCUCCCCCUCGCCGGACGCUAACGAGCUGAAGCCGAAAACCCCCAGCGAAAUCCCGCUCUCCCGCCAGCCCGGCUCCAUCGACGUCCGCCUGAAGGGCCCCCCGGCCCCGCACCAGCCCAGCUCGGGGGAGCCAGCUCCGAGGAGGGCCAUCUCGGCCGAAGCGCCACUCUCGGGCCACCCCAGGUCCCUGGAGGGCAAACCCAAAGGGGUCAGCACGCCCGAGCUGCUGGCUUCUCACCGCCAGGGAUCUCUGGAAGCCCCGUGCAAGAGCCUUCUGCCCGAGGCCCUGGCCUACAGCCGGCCCGUCACCAAGGGCAGCCACGUCUCGGAGGUCCAGAAGACCCCACGGGAAACGGAAGUGGCUUGGAGCGAGUUGCCCCAAAGGGAAGGCCUGGCAAGAUCUCCAUCUUGUCCCGAGAAGCCAUCCAGUUAAACCUCCUUCCCAAGGCCAAAUCGUCCAAAAUUCUAUUACCCGCGACCGGAAGUGGAAAACAGCCACCCUGCCCAGCCUUCCACACUGUUCCAGGUUCUUUCCCCCCCCCCAACCACCCUUUUCUCCCAAUCCUGCCUCCCCUCGGGGCACCUGCUCUCCCUUCUCUCCCCGAUCCCAGCCCCCAGUUUCAUUUCUCUCGUGAAUCUAGGAUCUCUGCAGCAAAGCACCUUCCAGUCACCCCAAGGCGGAAUCGCUUCGAUGCAAUCCUCAGUCAGCUCUGCCCGAGACCAUGCCUGGGGGCGGAGACGCCCCAUGGGCCGAGGGGGGUCGCUGCCAUACAGUCUGAGCUUUGCAUUUAAAAAAAAGAAAAUCACAGAGGCCGCAGGUGACGGGACGGUGCCGUUACACCGAAGGUGUUUUCGUGGUAAUAGACACUAAAUAAAAAUAACCCCGAAAUCAUUUCGCUGGUUCAA